ACUUCCCGUCGUGAGCUAACCAAGGCAUCACUUCCGGCCGCGCGCAGUGUAGGAACUAUACUUCAGAUCUAGAAUGUGCCUUCUGAGGCGUUUGGCCCUGAACGGAAACUAGUCUUGGUGGCUUAUUGGGAAGCUGAGCAAGAUGGAGAAGCGAGGCCGAGGCCAGAAAGUGCCCAACAAUCAGGCCCUUCAGCCGCAGUCAGUGGGGUUUAAGAAAGAGAGGAAGCCUAGCAUGUUCGAGAAGGAGUCAGAAAGUCUAAAAGAUGUCAAAUACGAUGACAGAGGCAUAUCUCACUUGUCACUUCAGCUGGCAGACCAAAUAUUGUUAGCAGUCAAAGACUUUGGGUACCAACGUUAUAAAUUCGUUGUAAAAGUAUUAUUUAUUCAAAAGACUGGUCAAGCAAUAAACGUGGCCAGCAGAUGGAUCUGGGAUGUUGCGUGGGACAACUGGAUAGAAGCUAAACAUGAAACUGAAUCUUACGUGGCGUUGGCCUUGGUGUUUGCUGUUUACUGUGAAUAGCUUGAUGCAUACACUAAACAGUGUUUACUUCCCCACUUUGUAAAAAUAAACGCAAUGUAUACGUUUAUGAA